AUGGGCGACCCCUCCGUAACAGAAAUAUCCCUCAAGGAUGCCCUCAUCGAGCGCCUCGGCGCCGUAUAUGUCGAGGUCACAGACAUCUCCGGCGGCUGCGGUCAAUCCUUCAAAGCUCUCAUCGUAUCCCCUCAGUUCACUGGCCUCAACUCGCUGAAGCGCCAUCGCCUUGUCAAUGCCGCGCUGAAGGAGGAAAUCGGAAAGAUCCACGCGUGGACGGCGAGGUGCCAGACCGCCGAAGAGUACCAGAGAGAAAAUGCGACGAAUGGGAUGGUGUAA